UUGUGCCGAAUUGUGCGCGUCUCCGCUCUGAUAUUUGCCAUCACAACGCACUAUGCGUUAUCGGACAACACGUACCGGGCCAUGAGGACGGAGCGGAGGGACCAGUGUAUUCUCAUCUCAGGGGAGAGUGGAGCAGGGAAAACUGAGGCCUCCAAAAAGAUCCUGCUCUAUUACGCCGUCACCUGCCCCACCAACGAGAACAUGGCCGCCCUGGGUGACCGCCUCCUGCAGUCCAACCCCGUUCUGGAGGCGUUUGGUAACGCUAAAACACUGAGGAAUGACAACUCCAGUCGCUUCGGAAAGUACAUGGAUGUCCAGUUUGACUUCCGGGGGGCCCCGGUGGGCGGUCACAUCCUGAACUACCUGCUGGAGAAAUCCCGCGUUGUUCACCAGAACCACGGCGAAAGAAAUUUCCACAUCUUCUACCAGCUUCUGGACGGAGGGGACGACGACCUGCUCAAAGCGCUGGACCUGGAGAGAAACCCGCAGAAGUACAGCUACCUGGUCAAGGGAAAUUGUCCCAGAGUCAGCUCCAUCAGCGACAAGAAUAACUGGAAAGUGGUGACAAAGGCCCUCCCAGUGAUCGGCUUCACGGAAGAAGAAGUCCAGAAACUGCUGAACAUCAUUGCGAGCGUUCUCCAUCUGGGAAACACUCUCUUUGGGGAAGGGGAGGAAGGAGAAGCGUACGUCACCACGGAGACCCAGCUAACAGACCUGGCAAAGCUGCUGGGCGUUGAUGUCUCAGCCCUGAAGGAGGCACUCACACACAAGAAACUAACCGCCAAAGGAGAGGAGAUGAUCAGCCCGCUAAAUUUCGAGCAGGCAGUGUCUGCCCGUGACGCUUUGGCCAAGGCGGUGUACGGUCGGACCUUCACCUGGUUGGUGGAGAAGAUCAACCAGUCUCUGGCUCUGAAGGAUGAAAUCUACCACAGCAGCAAAGGCUCCUCGGUCAUUGGGCUUCUGGACAUCUACGGCUUUGAGGUCCUGCAGCACAACAGUUUUGAGCAGUUUUGCAUAAACUACUGCAACGAGAAGCUCCAGCAGCUUUUCCUGGAGCUCACCCUCAGAUCUGAGCAGGAGGAGUACGAGACAGAAGGAAUUGCUUGGGAGACGGUGAAAUAUUUCGACAACAAGAUCAUAUGCGACCUAAUAGAGGAGAAACACAGAGGCAUGAUCUCCAUUCUGGACGAGGAAUGCCUGAGACCCGGCGAGGCCUGUGACGUCUCCUUUUUGGAGAAACUGGAGGACACCAUUGGCGGCCAUCCUCAUUUCAUCACGCACAAGCUGGCAAAUGGAAAAACUCGCAGGGUCGUGAGCAGGGAAGAGUUCAGGCUGCUACAUUAUGCAGGGGAGGUGAACUAUAACGUCACUGGUUUCCUCGACAAGAACAAUGAUUCACUCAACCGGAACCUGAAAGAGGUCAUGUGCCAGUCAGACAACCAGAUCCUAAGUCAGUGCUUCCGCAGAGAGGAAGUGAUCGACCAGAAGCGUCCAGAGAUGGCCGCCACUCAGUUUAAAAACAGUUUGAUGAAACUGAUGGAGAUCCUUAUGUCCAAAGAGCCGUCCUACGUGCGCUGUAUCAAACCCAAUGAUGCCAAGCAGCCAGCACGUUUCGAUGAGGUUCUGGUCAGACACCAGGUGAAGUAUUUGGGUCUAAUGGAAAACCUGAGAGUCAGGAGAGCCGGUUUUGCUUAUCGUCGUCGCUUUGAGGCCUUCUUACAAAGGUAUAAACCCCUGUGUCCUGAAACGUGGCCCAACUGGCAUGGGAGACUGGUAGAUGGUGUUUCCACACUGGUCACCCACCUAGGGUACAAAGAAGAGGAAUACAAACUAGGAAGGUCAAAGAUUUUCAUCCGUUUCCCAAAAACUCUCUUCAACACAGAAGAUGCACUUGAGGCCAAAAAGCCAGAGAUUGCUGUGAUCCUCCAGACUUCAUGGAGAGGCUACAGAGAAAGGGCCAAGUAUCAACGCAUCCGAAACGCAGUGGUGGUGAUCCAAGCAGGAUGGCGAGGGAUGAAAGCACGCCGGCGAGCGAAAAAGCGUCGGCAGGCUGCUGAGCUGAUUCGGAGGUUCAUAAAGGGCUUCAUCUACCGCCAUGAGGACUACGGCCCUGAGAAUGACUACUUCCUGGAUCACGUGCGUUGCUCUUUCUUGAAAAAGCUGAGUAAAAACCUGCCCAGGAGCGUUUUGGACAAAAGCUGGCCCACGCCUCCUCCCUCCCUUAUCGAGGCCUCGGAGCACCUGAAGAGGCUACACUUGCGGAACAUGGUGAUCAAAUACUGCAAGAGGGUCCAGCCUGAGUGGAAAAAGCAGAUGAUGCAAAAGGUCGUAGCCAGUGAGCUCUUCAAGGAUCAGAAAGACAGCUACCCUCAGAGCGUCGGGAGGUUGUUCCUGGACUCUCGUCUUGAUCGAGAGCAAAUCAGUCUGAAGGUCCUCCAGACCCUUGGCAGCGAGAAAGUUCAGUACGGAGUCUCUGUGACUAAAUACGACAGGAGGGGAUUUAAGCCCCGCCCCCGUCAGCUGCUCCUCACUAACACCUUUGCUGUGCUGGUGGACAGGACCAAGAUCAAGCAGAGGCUGGACUACUCGGCUCUGAGGGGCAUCUCUGUGAGCUCUCUCAGUGAUGGGAUGUUGGUUCUGCACAUGCCCUGUGAGGACAACAAACAGAAGGGGGACGCGGUGCUGCACUGCGGCCACCUGAUCGAGGCGGUGACCAAAGUGGCCACGAUGGCCAGUAAGGUCAACUACGUCAACAUCAGCCCGGGCAGUAUUCGGUUCUCUGUGGCUCGAGGGAAGGAGGGAAUCAUUGAUUUCAUCAGGGGCUCGGAGCUAAAGGUGGCCAAAGGCAAACGAGGACAUCUGCUCGUGACCGCCCCUCGGAUCAGCGAAACAUGAAGACAAAGAAACCCGGAGAGACAGUAAUCCUUCUAAGUAUAUCCAAGAUGGCCACUCAGAAGUUUUCUGCUCCUUGUUAGUUACCACAGAGAACUAAAUAUACACAAACAGAAGAAAAGAGUCCUAAUCAUUCAUAUUCUGUCCAUCUUUAUCAUAACAGAAGGGUUU